AAUAAUUUUCAAUUUCAACAAUGUCCGAUUUCCUAAUUGAAAAUAUUCCACUAACUAAGGAAUGGCUUGCCGAGUUAAUCGAAAUAAAAAUUGGAGUAAAACCAAAAAUUGGGACUAUCCCACAAAACACAAAAGGUUGCUCAGUUGUUGAAAAUGCUGGUGGUGGUGUGAAGAAUGUUGAUCAUAGUGUAGUUGAACGAUUCAUGCACAAUACCGAAUGCAAUUACUAUAAACUAUUUUCUAGUCUUUCAGAAAAGCCACUACAAAUUCCAACAACUUACCUUGCUUCGAAAGCUGGCGAGAAAGCACCAGUUCCUGUUAUAGUUUUGGAAAUGUUGGAAGAUUGUAAGCUUCACGAUCUCAUUCCUGGAUUCAAUGAAGAUCAGCUCUUCAAAAUUGUCGAUGAACUUGUCAAACUGCACAUUUUCUCCUUGACAACAGAGAAAUGGAAGGAAAUUGUUCCCGACGAGUCUAAGUUGGCAAUGUCUGGUUUCCUCCAGUGCAUGGUGGCAGAUGUUGGAAGAAAGCUGGCACAAAAUCCAGAGCUCGGAGUGAUUUUGAGUUAUGUUGAGAACACAUUGGACACAGAUCCAAAUUAUUUGCAAAAAAUGAGAGAUGAAUAUAUUAAUGAAGAACGACCUUCAGUUAUAUGUCAUGGCGAUCUUUGGGCUCCACAAAUUCUGUGGGACAAAGAAGAUAAUAUAGCUGGAAUUGUUGACUGGCAGGCAACCCAUCGUGGGAGUCCUAUGGAAGAUCUUCAUCACAUUCUUUCAACGUGUACUUCUGUCCAAAAUCGCAAAACAUUUACAAAACCGUUGCUGGAUCAUUACUACAAUAAACUAAAAGUUGGCUUGAAAGAAAAGGGUUUUAAAACGACUUGGACUAGAGAGGAAAUUGAUAUAGAAUACAACUACAGUUUCAUAUAUGGUGCAUCGCGCACCAUUUUUGCCAACGGAUUUUGGGCCAACUCUCCAGUUCUUCAGACUGAUGGGAAGCCGGAUCCUGAACGAAUCAAAGAAUCAUUUGUCCGAUGCAAAUCGUAUUUGGAAGACACGAUUCGAGAACUUAAUAUUAUUUAAUUUUCAAAAAUUAAUUUUGUGCAAAUUUUUUUGAUUUUCGAAUUUUAUUUUGUUGAAAAGUUGAAUUUAGAACAUUUUUAAAAAGAUGAUUAAAACAUA